AUGUCGAAUCGAGAUGCCUUCAGAAGCGAAACAAGCGACCCACGGAGCCUCUCUGAGCAGCAGAGCAACGAUAUCGUUAUGUGUGCAAAGGCUCCGCAACGCGCGGGGCAAGCGGAGCAAAGAGCAGCGGGCGCAUUGCAGUUUUUUGCACAGGAGAAGAAAGCAUGGAUCAAGGGAGGUGUUGCAACCUCACACGACGAGGCCAGUGGACGGCAGACAGACGCGGAAGUGGCUGAGAUUGAUGCUCAAGAGCACAAGGAUCACCAGGACGUUGAUGGACGGUCGUCGGUUGAGAAAUCACUCGCACUCUGCCAAAAGCGGUUAAAGCAGCCAGCGAGCCCCAUGCACCUGCAGAGCCUCAAUCAGCUGACUGGCCCCAGCGUUCAAGCGGGAUUCGGCCCAUCGUCACCACUCGUCCUCUGCAUCAUUCCAGCACUUGGGCUCUGCUGA